UUGGGGCCCUCCCUGGGCAAGGGCGGCCCACAGUCACUCCAUCCAUGAACCUGGGGCUGGCAGGGUCGCUGGAGAUCCAGCUAGCACUGGAGACCGUUAUCCAGACCCUGGAGAGUAGUGUCCUCAGUCCAGGCCUGGAGAAAGGUCGGAGCGUGCAGGACCUGGCCCAGGGCUCUCCGCUGAGCUGCCUGCCCGCCUGUAUCAGGAAGACUGUCACCCACAACCUCACCCAGCCCAAGAGCCCAGUCCCUGCACCGGCUCUGGAGAUGGCCUCACUGCUGUCGCUGCAGGAGGAGAACCAGCUGCUGCAGCAGGAGCUGUCUCGCGUGGAGGACCUGCUGGCGCAGAGCCGCGCUGAGCACGAUGAGCUGGCCAUUAAGUACACCGCCGUCAGUGAGAGACUGGAGCAGGCGAUGCGGCUGGAGUCUGGAGAGCUGGAGACACAGGAGCCCAGGGGGCUGGUUCGGCAGAGCGUGGAGCUUCGGAGGCAGCUUCAGGAGGAGCAGGCCUCCUACCGGCGCAAGCUGCAGGCCUACCAGGAGGGCCAACAGCGGCAGGCUCAGCUGGUGCAGCGGCUGCAGGCCAAGAUUCUCCAGUACAAGACGAAGUGCUCAGAGCUAGAGCAGCAGCUGCUGGAACGAUCCACAGAGCUGGAACGGCAGCGGCUGAAGGACACGGAGCACAGCCAAGACCUGGAGAGCGCCCUCUUGCGCCUGGAGGAGGAACAGCAGAGAAGCGCCAGUCUGGCCCAGGUGAACGCCAUGCUACGAGAACAGUUGGACCAGGUGGGCACGGCCAACAAGGCUCUCAGCGAGGAUAUACGCAAGGUGACCAGCGACUGGACACGCAGCCGGCAGGAGCUGGAGCAGCGGGAGGCAGCUUGGAGGCGUGAGGAGGAGUCCUUCAAUGCCUACUUCAAUAGCGAGCACAGCCGCCUGCUGCUCCUCUGGAGGCAGGUGGUGGGGCUCCGGCGGCUGGUCAGCGAGGCGAAGAUGUACACAGAGAGGGACCUGCUGCAGCUGGGAGGGGAGAUGGCCCGGACAUCGCGGGCUGUGCAGGAGGCCAGCCUGGGGCUGAGUGCUGGCCUGCAGCUGGCUGAGAGCCGGGCGGAGGCAGCACUAGAAAAGCAGACACUGCUGCAAACACAGCUGGAAGAACAGCUACGGGACCAGGUGCUGCGCGAGAAGGACCUGACCCAGCAGCAGGCACAGAAUGACCUGGACAAAGCCAACCUCAGCACCCGAGUGACAGAGCUGGCUCUGGCAGUGGAGCGUCUCCAGAGCCAGAACCUGGAGAAGGAUCGGGUCAACAAGGCCCUGUCCGAGAAGCUGGAGGCCCUGGAGUCUCUGAGGCUACAGGAGCAGGUGGCCGUGGAGACAGAUGAUGGAGAGGGGCUGCAGCAGACCCUGAGGGACCUGGCACAGGCGGUCCUGUCGGACCCGGAGAGCGGCGUCCAACUCAGCGGCUCUGAGCGCACGGCCGACGCCUCCGAUGGCAGCCUGCGGGGCCUCUCCGGCCCGCGGACCCCGUCCCCGCCGCGCCGCUCCUCGCCAGGCCGCGGCCGUUCUCCCCGCCGAGGCCCAUCUCCCGCCUGCUCGGACUCCUCCACGCUCGCCCUCAUCCACUCCGCCCUGCACAAGCGCCAGCUACAGGUCCAGGACAUGCGCGGGCGCUACGAGGCGAGCCAGGACCUGCUGGGCACCCUGCGGAAGCAGCUUGGCGACUGCGAGGGUGAGCGGCGCGCCCUGGAGGAGCAGCUCCAGCGCCUGCGGGACAAGGCGGAGGAAGCCGCCCGGGCCCACGAGGACUCCCAGCGCGAGGCCCAGCGUCUUCGCAGCGCCAAUGACCUCCUGAGCAGGGAGAAGGGUAGCCUGGCCCACAGUCUGCAGGUGGCCCAGGAGCAGGCUGAGGAGCUGCGGCAGGAGCUGGAGAAGCUGCAGGCUGCUCAGGAGGAGCUGCGGCGUCAGCGAGACCGCCUGGAGGAGGAGCAGGAGGAGACGGUGCAGGAUGGCGCCCGGGCCCGCAGGGAGCUGGAGCGUAGCCACAGACAGCUGGAGCAGCUGGAAUUAAAGCGCUCGGGGCUGGCAAAGGAGCUGGUGGAGGUGCGGGAGGCGCUGAGCUGUGCCUCCCUACAGCGGGACGUGCUGCAAGCUGAGAAGGCCGAGGUGGCCGAGGCACUGACCAAGGCAGAGGCUGGUCGUGUGGAGCUCGAGCUGUCCAUGACUAAGCUGAGGGCAGAAGAGGCCUCUCUGCGGGAUGCCUUGUCCAAGCUGAGUACCCUCAACGAGAGCCUCGCCCAGGACAAGCUGGGGCUGAAUCAUGUUGUUGCCCGGCUGGAGGAGGAGAAGGCGACUUUGCUGGGGAGGCAGCGACAGGCAGAGCAUGAAGCCACCUUGGCUCUGGAAGAGCAGCGGCGCCUGGAGCAGCUGCGGCUAGAGCAGGAGGUGGAGCGGCAGGGCCUGGAGGGCUCCCUGCACUCCGCUGAACAGGCCCGGGACGCGCUGGAGCAGCAGCUCCACGUGCUGCGUGGCGCACACAGCCGGCUUCAGGAGCAGCUGGCCCAGCUCUCCCGGCAGCUGAGCGGGAGGGAACAGGAGCUGGAGCAGGCCCAGCGGGAGUCACAACGGCAGGUGGAGGCACUGGAGCGAGCAGCCCGGGAGAAGGAGGCGGUGGCCAAGGAACAAGCCAGCCUGGUUGUGCAGCUGGCAGCGGCGGAGCGCGAAGGCCGGACCCUGGCAGAGGAGGCCACGCGUCUGCGUUUGGAGAAAGAAGCCCUGGAGAGCAGCCUGUUUGAGGUGCAACGGCAGCUGGCCCAGCUCGAAGCACGCCGUGAGCAGCUGGAAGCCGACGGGCAGGCCCUGCUGGUGGCCAGGGAAACCCUGACUGGGGAGCUGGCAGGCCUGCGGCAGCAGGUAACAAACACAGAGGAGAAGGCAGCGCUGGACAAGGAGCUCCUGGCCCAGAAGCUGAUGCAGGCGGAGCGAGAAGCCCAAGCCUCUCUACGGGAGCAGCGGGCAGCCCACGAAGAGGACUUGCAGCGACUCCAUCGAGAGAAGGAGGCGGCCUGGAGGGAGCUUCAGGCAGAGCGGGCCCAGCUGCAGGGCCAGCUGCAGCGGGAGCGAGAGGAGCUGCUGGCCCGGCUGGAGGCUGAGAAGGAGGAGCUGAGUGAGGAGAUCGCAGCCCUGCAGCAGGAGCGCGACGAGGGCCUGCUCCUGGCUGAGAGCGAGAAGCAGCAGGCCCUGUCUCUGAAGGAGUCUGAGAAGACAGCGCUGUCCGAGAAGCUCGUGGGGACACAGCACAGCCUGGCUGCCAUCUCCCUAGAGAUGGAGCGGCAAAAACGAGAUGCACAGAGCCGGCAGGAGCAGGACCGGAGCACUGUGAAUGCCCUUAUGUCUGAACUUCGGGACCUUCGGGCCCAGCUUGAAGAGGCCGCUGCUGUCCAUGCCCAGGAGGUACAGAGGCUGCAGGAGCAGGCCCGGGACCUGGGCAGGCAGCGUGAGUCCUGUCUGCGUGAGGCAGAAGAGCUCCGGACUCAGCUGCGCCUGCUGGAGGCCGCGCGGGAUGGGCUGCGGCGGGAGCUGCUGGAGACGCAGCGCAAGGUGCGCGACAGUCAGGAGAGCCUGGAGGCCCAGCGCCAGGAGGCCGGCGAGCUGCGGCGCAGCCUGAGCGAGGGUGCCAAGGAGCGUGAGGCUCUGCGGCACUCCAAUGAGGAGCUCCGGGCGGCCGUGAGGAGGGCUGAGAGCGAGCGCAUCAGCUUGAAGCUGGCCAACGAGGACAAGGAGCAGAAGCUGACACUCCUGGAGGAGGCGCGGGCAGCCGUGGGCAAGGAGGCAGGGGAUCUGCGCUUGGGGCUGCAGGAGGUAGAGCGCUCAAGGCUGGAGGCGCGGCGGGAGCUGCAGGAGCUGCGGCGGCAGAUGAAGAUGCUGGACAGUGAGAACGCCAGGCUGAGCCAGGAGCUGGCAGAGCUGCAGGGCCGCCUGGCCCUGGGGGAGCGGGCGGAGAAGGAGAGCCGGAGAGAGGCCCUGGGCCUGCGGCAGAAGCUACUGAAGGGCGAGGCCAGUGUGGAGGCCGCGCGGCAGGAGCUCCAGGGAUGCCAGCGGAAGCUGCAGGAACAGGAGUCAGAGUUCAGGGCCCGGGAGCGGGGCCUGCAAGGCUCCCUGGAAGAGGCGCGCGGGGCGCAGAAGAAACAUUUGGACCAAGCUCGCAGCCUGGAGCUCAAGCUAGAGACAGCGCGGGCCGAGGUCGCCGAGCUGGGGCUGCGGCUGAGCGCAGCCGAGGGCCGGGCGCAGGGCCUGGAAGCAGAGCUGGCUCGCGUGGAAGCGCAGCGGCGCACCGCGGAGGCCCAGCUGAGCGGCCUACGCUCGGCCCUGCGCCGAGGUCUGGGUCUGGGCCGCUUGCCCAGCCCCGCCCCGCGCCCGGUGCCGGGCUCCCCAGCCCGAGACUCGCCUGCGGGAGGAAGCGGAGAAGGGCCCAGCAGCCCCUUGGAACACAGCCCUGGGUCUCAGCCACCAUCCCCAGGACCUGCUGUCUCUCCAGGGCUUCCAGACCUGGAGCCAGAGGCAGUGCGGGGUGCUCUCCGGGACUUCCUGCAGGAGCUGCGGGGUUCCCAGCGAGAGCGGGAUGAGCUUCGAUCUCAGACCAGCACCCUCAGCCGACAGCUGGCUGAGGCAGAGGCUGAGAGGGACAGUGCAGCUUCAAGGGCCAGGCAGCUGCAGAAGGCAGUGGCCAAGAGCGAGGAAGCCCGGCGCAGUGUGGAUGGGCAGCUGAGCGGGGCCCAGGCAGAACUGGCGCUGAAGGAGGAGAGCGUGCGGCGCAGUGAGCGGGAGCGCAGGGCCACGCAGGACCAGGUGGCUGCCCUGGAGAGAAGCCUGCGGGCCACUGAGAACGAGCUCCAGGCCAGCCAGGAGAAGAUAAACAAGAUGAAGGCCAAUGAGGUGAAGCUGGAGAGCGACAAGCGGCGCCUGAAGGAGGUGCUGGACGCCUCUGAGAGCCGCACCAUUAAGCUGGAGCUUCAGCGGCGAGCGCUGGAGGGCGAGCUGCAGCGGAGUCGCCUGGGCCUCAGUGACCGCGAGGCCCAUGCCCAGGCCCUGCAGGACCGGGUGGACUCCCUACAGAGACAGGUGGCCGACAGCGAAGUGAAGGCAGGGACCCUGCAGCUGACAGUGGAGCGGCUGAAUGGGGCCUUGGCCAAGAUGGAGGCAAGUGAAGGGGUCCUGCGGGACAAAGUACAGAGCCUGACACAGGCCCUGGCCCAGAGCAACACCAGCCUCUCUAGCACCCAAGACAAGAACCUGCAGCUGCAGAAGGCACUGACCGCUUGUGAACAUGAGCGCCAGGUGCUCCAGGAACGGAUGGACGCUGCCCGGCAGGCACUGUCAGAAGCUCGGAAGCAGAGCAGCUCUUUGGGUGAGCAGGUGCGGACAGCAAGGGGUGAACUGGCCGACCUGGAAUUGCAGCGCGCGGAGGCAGAGGGCCAGCUGCAACAGCUGAAGGAGGUGUUACGGCAGCGGCAAGAGGGCGAGACUGAGGCGCUGCACACGGUGCAGAAGCUGCAGGAUGAGCGGCGGCUGUUGCAGGAGCACCUGGGCAGCCUGCAGAGGGCCCUGGCCCAGCUGGAAUCCGAGAAGCGGGAGGUGGAGCGCUCCGCCUCGCGGCUGGAGAAGGACCGCAUGGCCCUCCGGAGGAUGCUGGACAAGGUGGAGCGGGAGAAGCUACGCAGCCACGAGGACACGGUGCGGCUGAGCGCAGAGAAGGGUCGCCUGGACCGCACGCUCACCGGGGCUGAGCAGGAGCUGGCCAAGGCCCAGAGGCACAUCCAGCAGCUGGAGGCUCAGAUGGUGGCCCUAGAGCAGAACCACACUCCGGCCCAGCUGGAGGCAGAUGAGCAACAGCAGCUAGAGCUGCAGCAGGAGACGGGGCGCCAGGUGCAGACCCAGCGUGCCCACCGCCAGCAGGUACUGGGGCUGGAGGACCAGGUGUCCACAGUGAAGGGACAGCUGCAGCUUUGAAGGGGCUCAGUGUCCUCCCCAUCCUCUGGCUCCCUUGAGAAAUGAGCCUCUGCCCGGCUGGAAUCCUCAGAGCAGCCGUGCUGAGUAGGACACGGUCUCAAGUCAGACCUCUGCAGUGCAGGCCACCCAGGGCCUGGCCUGUUGCUGCCUGGCAGUGCUGAUGGAUGGACAGCAGCUCCAGGCCACACCCAUCAGUAGCUUCCUGGUGUCCCUCGGUGACCCACUUCACUCCAGCCCCUGUGCCAGGAUGAGGCACUCAAGUUUGUGCAAGAGCCUCCCCUGAGCGGGUGAGCCAAAGCCAGGCGUCAGGGACAGCCCUAGUCUCUGGCCAGCCCAGAGCAGGGCCUCAUGGGAACAGGCAGGGAGCCAGGGCCUGGUUGGCUCCCAGCGAUCUCUCUGCCUCAGUUCAGAGCAUUUGUCAGAAAAUUGCUCAGAGAGCUCAGAAUGCUUGUAUUUUUGUACCUUUUUAUAAUGUUAACUGGUAAGAACUUGUG